AACGGGGAACACUGUAAAUAUUCUCUCCAACCAUGUCCAUUCAUGUCAUUCUCCCACCACCUUCUCUUCGUCUGCAAAUAAAUACUCAACCUUCCAUCCUUUCACACACACCAACAACAUGGAAAACUCUUCAUCAUCUUCAUCUUCAAACUCUAUAUAUCGAGAGUGUCUCCGCAACCAUGCAGCGAGUCUCGGUAGCUACGCUACCGAUGGUUGCGGAGAAUUCACUCUCGAUAUCGACGUCUCCUCUUCCUCCCUCCAGUGUGCAGCAUGCGGUUGUCACCGCAACUUCCAUCGCAAAGUGACGUGUCCCGGUGCGAUGGAAGGUCUGCAGGUUGGAGGGAGCGGGGAUAUAAUGGAAUAUUCUGGAGGAGACGUCGGAAGAAUGGAGAUGGGAGAGAGGAGCAGCAGGAAGAGGUUCAGGACUAAGUUCAGUGCUGAGCAGAAGGAGAAGAUGUUGGCGUUUGCAGAGAAGCUGGGGUGGAAGCUGCAGAGGAGAGAGGUGGAUGAUGAGAUAGAGAGGUUUUGUAAAAGUGUUGGAGUUACAAGACAGGUUUUCAAGGUGUGGAUGCAUAACCAUAAGAACAACUCUAACUCAUCUAAUUCUUCUGCUAAUCUUUCUUCCCUCACUCAGUGAAACUUCUUUCUGUAGUUGACACCAUAGCUAGGGCUUUUGACUCUGCAUUAUUAUGAACUCAGAAUCUUCACAAGUUUGGAUCCUUUGAAGGGUUGUUUUUCAAUGUUAUUUUCAGAAAUUGAUGAGUGGUAGAAGGAAGAAGAUAAUGAGGUAGCUGAGAGAUGAGAGAGGACUGUUGUUUUAUUUAUUUAUUUUGUUUAAGGUUUGGAUGUAAUAAUUUUGUAAUUUAUAUAUGUUGUUGCAUGUGUUAGUAUAA